AUGAUAGCUUCGAUGAAGCCAGGAAGUGUGGUUGUUGAUUUGGCCGCAGAAACAGGUGGCAAUAUUGAAACAACACGUCCUGGAGAGUUGUAUACUGAUUCGAACGGCAUAGUACAUAUUGGGUACAUCGAUUUGCCGAGUCGUUUGCCAACACAAAGUAGCACAUUGUUUGCAAAUAACAUUUCGAAGUUUCUGAUGUCAAUCGGUAAGCGUUUUUUUCGUGAUAGUGAUAGGUUUUAUCUUUUUCUCUUCAGUCUAACCAAGCUGUGA